CAAAAUCCAAUAACUUUUUUGUACAACAACAGAUUCGUUUUAUUAUGUCCAAGACAGCUUUGGUUAUUUUGGCUAAUGGGGCGGAGGAAAUGGAAUUUGUUAUUGCUGCGGACACUCUCCGAAGAGCAGGGGUAGCAGUUACCGUUGCCGGUUUAGCAGGCAAUGAACCGGUGAAGUGUUCCAGGGACGUUGUAAUCGUUCCCGAUACAUCUUUGGAAAGUGUCAAGGACAAUAAGUUCGAUGUAGUUAUACUACCGGGUGGUUUGGGUGGAUCCAAGGCAUUGGCUGGGUCCUCGUUGGUUGGGGAAAUCUUGAAACAACAAGAAAAGGAAAAUAGGAUUGUUGCUGCUAUUUGUGCUGCCCCAACAGUUUUGGCUGCUUUUGAUAUUGGAAAGGGGAAAUCAUUGACAUCAUAUCCAUCUUUCAAAUCACAAUUGGAAUCUCAAUACAAGUAUAUUGAUGACCAGACAGUCGUUCAAGAUGGGAACUUAAUAACAAGUCGCGGCCCAGGUACUGCGUUUGACUUUGGUCUUAAAAUUGCCGAAGUAUUGGCUGGUCCAGAAAAGGCAGCUGAAGUGGCCAAAGGAAUGCUGCUUUAA